AUGCAGUCCAUCGUUAUCGCCUCCCUCCUGGCCACCGCCGUCUCGGCAAACGUCAACUUCAUGGCCAACCCCAUCAUGAAGCGCGCCGCCAUUGAGCCUCGCCAGACCGGCCUCCCCUCUCUCGGCGACAUCACCCCCGAGUGUCAAUCCGCCGUUCUUGACCUCGCCCAGGGCGUCCCCACUCCCGCCCCCGAGAUCGUCUCCGAUCUCCUCGAGAACCCCCAGACCGAUCCCUGCGACUUCAGCACUCCCGCUUCUCUGUCCGCCGAGUACUCUUCCUACUCCGCCGACAUCAUCUCCUGGUACGCCAAGAACAGCGAGGACAUCAUGUCUGCUGUCAAGGAGUGCCCUGAGCUUGCUCAGUUCGCUAGCAUGGUUCCCAUGUGCACUGCUACUGCCACCGAGGACAAGCCCAGCAGCCUUACCAGCGCUACUGGCUCUGCUGCCACCGCUGUUGUUCCUCCUGUUGUCUCUACCAAGGUUGAGGAGCACAACACCCCUGUUGCUACUCCCUCUGGUGCUAAGCCUACCUCUACUUCUCCCUCUGAGGUUGAGAACGGUGCUGCUUCUGCCAAGGGUGGUCUCCUCUACGUCGCUGCCGCUGCCGUUGCCGGUGUCGUUGCUGCUCUCUAA